AUGACCGCCACUACCAUCUUCAUCAGCAGCUACAGAGUUCAGGCAGGACAACAGGAGCAACAGGAGCAAUAUGAUCCAUAUCGACCCAAUCCACAUGCUAGCUGGUUGUCUCAAGCAUCCGCCAUCGAUCCUUUCGGUACAGCAGCUGCAUACAACUACGCUACACAACCACAUCGAGCUUCUGCAGCAGUUCCAUCAGUCGAGCGACCUCCUACUACUGUCAUUCGCGAAUCCGCCUAUAACAAUCUCCAUCACCAAGGGUCGGCAACGGGCGCACGUGCAUCUGGCAUCACAGCAACGACCGAUGCAAGCAGUGUCAAUAACGAUAGUUCUACCAUUAAUACCACUGACGAAUUUAAGCAGCAGAGACCUCAACACAUUCAAACAGAUUCUGACGUUAACAGCAAUAAUAACGAAGGAAGAAUGUUAUGGGACGACGCAUUAGCAAGCGCUGGCGGUAGUACAGUAGCACGCUCAGCUUCAACAGCAUCGACCAACCCAUUCCGUAGCAGCAUGUCUAAUCCUCGUGGUAGCGCCAUUUCAGCCUUACGUAUACCACCUAUUCCAAGAAGGUGCUCGGUCUUUAGAAGACCAUGCCGCCAUGUCCAGAAUAAUAAUACUUCGCCAAUUAUGAAGCAACAGCAUCAUCACAAUACUAUGUCCAUCUAA